AUGCGCGCGCGCGCCUGCCUCGCCUCCCUCGCCCGCUCCGGUGCUACGUGCUUUCUUUGUCAAUGAGGCGCCGCUCUGAGCUGCAGUAGCAUUCGCGGCUGGAGCCGGAGCCCAGCGAUCCAGUUUACCCACAGGGAUAGAGACCCGGGCGCAGGCGGCGGUGGGCGGCACGCUGUAAGAGCCAGGUCCGCGGGUCUCUGUGUCUCGCAGCCUCGCGCUCGAGGUGCAGCAUCCCGCCCCGGGGAGGGGACCGGGGCGCCGCCCGUCCCACCCUCGCUGCACCGUGGGAACCUCCAUGCAAACCCGGUACCCGCGCGCCUGAAGCCGCGGCUCCGUUGAGCCCGCCUCCGACCGAGGCAGGACGAGCGACCAGCUCGCACCUCCUGCCUCCCUCCGACUCCCGGGCCAUGGCCCGAGAUGCCCCGUGAGGAGCGGUGCGCGGAGGGCUGGGCUCCCCGGCUCGGUGUGGAACGAGGCAGCGGCCUGGAUGUAUGAACAGUCCCUAUGGCUCUGCAGGAGGCGAAGCCCCAGGGCCCGAGCAAAGCUGGGCCGGCAGCGCGGGAGCCCAAGCACCGGCCCCGGGAGCGAGGACUCUGCGGGGCGGGCGGGAUCGCCGUGCGUUGCCAGGGCGUGAGAAGCUCCGGAGCCCGCGGGUCCGAGGAUGUGCUGCUGCUGCGGUCGCUGCUGCUGGGACUCUUGCUGCUGGCUGCCCUCUCCGGGCACUGCCGGGCCGACUCGGGGACAGACAAUCUACAGAUACAUGUCACUCCGACCUCAGAGUCCUUUCCCCUUGGGAAAUUGUUACCAAUUUCACCAACAUGGCCUUUUUUGGAAGUCAAGUCUUCCUCAGCAGCAGACAGAAUCAAGAAUGUGCUGGGACAGCCUCCUGACAACACAACCUUGCCGCAGCUAUCCCAGACACCUCUGCCCAAGGCAUACCGUAGGACCAGGGCUCAUGUGGACUUCUCUUCAUCCCUUUAUCAAGGAAGUGGACAUAGCGCCUCCCUGGAUCUUGCCAAGGACCCCACUGAGACUCUGGUCCAAACAAGGCCUGAAGGGGGAAGAGAAGCAGCGGACAUGCCAGGUUUGCCUCGCACCAGCAUGCUUCCCCCAUUACCUACAGCCCCAUCAGCCACCUCCAGCACUACCUCCCCAUCACAGCCCCUGGUAGGGAUGCCUUCCCUUUCAAAGCAUCUGUUGAGGUCAGACAGCUUUCUUCUUCUUCCUCCACCAUCAUCAUCUUCAUUGGCCCCUGAUUCACUGCAUUCCAUCACCCUUCCUAAACCAGUAGAGCAUCCCACCAAAGUGCCUUUGUUUCCCCAAAUGACACCAGCUGACUCCUCUUCAGGUCAGAGCCCAGUUAAUGUCCUAAACCCGUUUAUUCAUAAAACAAACCUCUUUCCAUCCAAAAAUGCCCAGACUUUCAUAGGUACCCCUCUCCUAGACUUUUCUACAUCCUCAACAAAGCAGUACUCUGAGCUGUCCCCAUCAGAGAGUCCCCACUCGGCAGCUUCCUCUACUCCUGGGGUUCUGAGCUCCAUGGCAGAACUGGACCGCCUGUCUCUCCCUUCCCUAGCCCUUGGAGGCCUUCCAGGUGGAACCUCCUCAUGGUCCAUGUUGGAAGAGGCUUCGAGUCCUGUAUCCACCCAACCAGUCCACACAGCGGGGCCUGGCAGAGAGCUCAGUGCGGAAUCAUUGCCCAUUUAUCUACGCACAGUGGCAGCAAGCUAUGAAGCCCAGGCCCCACGUUUCCAGACUGCAGAGUCAGUGAUGACCAGCAGAGAGCUAGCCUCUGUUUCUCCUACAGAUAGUUUUGCCAACUGGCCACAUUUGUCAGAAGUGCCAGAGAAUUCCAGAAAGUCCAUCCUCUCCCCAGAAAACAAACCCUCUUCUCUGGUGCCUCCUCAGCCUCUCAUUACACUCAAGCAAGGGCAAACGGUCCAUUCUGAGGCAGCUCCUGGAUCACCACUGAAGAGGGCAGGCACUCCUCUCUCCCUGCUUACUGUCCUCCUGCCUAAUAAAGAUCAUGCCUCUCCAGCCCCUGCCCCAGAGGCACCCACAUCCAAGGAAGACGACCAUGAUGAGUACCUUUCUGAUGCAGCCACACACCUCCUCUCAAGCAAACUUCCUAAUCCUCCUCCUACAAUUUGGACAUUCCCUCAGCAAAAGGAGGACAAGGCAGCGGCCAUUUUCUGGACAAAUGAAAAGGCAAAUGGGACAGUUUCUCUGUGGGCUCUUCCAACUAAAGAGGCCCCUGGUCAUCGUGCAGUGAAUGGAUCCACCUCUGACUUAAACACAGAUCAUCUCUCACCUCUCAUCAUGACAGCACUAAGAACAGACCUCUCUCCUCCAGGGUCACCUCCAUCAUCCACGCUCACCACACAAGCUCCUUCUCCCCGCUCUUCCAGCACCGAACUGGAGACACUCGCAGCUGUCACAAGCCAGUCGGAGUUGCCAGCUUCAGCUUCCAAACAGGUGACAGCGCUUCCUGCCUCCACCAACAUCCAUGGUCUCCCAACAACGGGAGGCAGGAGAAAGCCAGCAACCACAGAUGUUUUCGGGAGCUUUCUUUCAGCAGAAACUGCAUCCCUCAUCACACAAUCGGGGCUAUCUGGCUUGCAGCAGCAAACAAAUCCUGAUGUAAACACUCAUACAAUUAACUCCGCACACUGGGGAUCUCAUCCAGCUUCAGUGGCUCUUCCCAGCGGCACAACUUCAGCUGCCGAUGCAUUACAAUCUCAGAAUUUCAAAGAGAUUGCUGGGCAGCUGGUGGCUGCAGACAGCUUUAACUUCCAGGACCCAGUCCUUAGUCCUGGAACCGGUCAGCCUCUCCAACCGUCAGAAGAGGCCAUAGUCAAAAGCCACACAGACCUCCAGCCCACAGGCAAGCAUGCCGGAGACUUUGACACAGAGGUGGUUCAUUACUACUCAUCCACAAGUCAACAUCCUAUGACACGGCUGCCCGUCCGGCCGGCCCAUCCUUUUUGGCCAACCUGGCCAAGUUUAGCUUCUGCAGCUAGCCUGCACCAAAUGCUUUCAGACGGAACAGACAUGGGUUCACAAAUUUCCAGUGACAUCUAUCUAUCACCAGGGAAAAAUGGCUCCCCACAAUUCCAGAGUGUCCUGGAAUACCACUCACUUACAGCCUCACCUUCUGUAUCAACCGGUGCCUUUCCCAGGACCCCUUCCAAAGUGCUGCGAACCUCUCGGCGCCCCAAGAAAUGGACAGGUGCAGCCACUAACACAGGUAGUUUGUCUCCUGCUACCCAGAAAACAGUGGAAACCUCAGUGUCCUCCAAGGGAGAACUGUCAGCAACCGCAGCGGCCGCCACCACCACAUUGUUUCUGAGGAAAUCAAGUCCAGCACCACUGUCUGCAGCCCUUACUGCUAAGGGUACUGGCGGCAGCAGCAGCUUAGCCAAGAGCAGCUUGACCACUGCUCUAGCUAAAAAUGUCACCAACAAGGCAGCAUCAGGCCCAAAGGUGACAGCAGGGACCAUCCACACAGCCUUCCCAUUCACACCAACCUACAUGCUUGCCCGGACAGCACACAGCAUGAGCACACACACAGCCAUGCAAGGGGCCACAGGCUCUGUAUCAGGCCUGUUGUCCACAACACACCUCCCCAAGAAGCCACAAGCCAUGCACACUGGUCUCCCUAAUCCUACCAGGCCAGACACACCCAGAGCAUCCACGCCCCGCCCGCUGACAAUCACAGCUGCGCUGACGUCCAUGACAGCAUCAGUAAAGGCCACGAGACUGCCAUCUUUGCAGACAGGAAACACAGAUGCUGCUUUUCCAGCUGUGUCUACUGCCAUGGUCACAACUGGCAGAAUGGCGUCCAACUUGGACUGUCAGAUGUCCCACAAGUUCCUAGUGAAGACAGUUUUCUUCCUAACUCAGAGGAGAAUACAGAGCAGCGAGUCCUUGAAGCUUGGUGUAACCAAAGGGCUCACGCAGGCAUUGCGGAAGGCUUUCCACCAAAACGACGUCUCCGCUCACGUGGACCUUCUGGAAUAUUCUCAUAAUGUCACAGUUGGCUAUUAUGCUACCAAAGGGAGACUGGUGUAUUUGCCAGCUGUGGUGAUGGACGUACUGGGUGUGUACGGAGUCAGCAAUGUCACUGCGGAUCUGAAGCAGCAUACUCCCAACUUACAGUCUGUGGCGGUGCUUGCCUCCCCAUGGAAGCCCCAGCCUGCAGGUGCCUUCCAGCUGAAGACAGUGCUGCAGUUUGUAAGCCAGUCGGACAACAUCCAGUCCUGCAGGUUUGUCCAGACGAUGGAGCAGAGGCUGCAGAAGGCGUUCCAGGAUGCAGAGAGGAAGGUCCUCAACAGCAGGAGCAACCUGACAGUUCAGAUCGUGAGCACGUCCAAUGCCUCCCAAGCCGUCACACUGGUGUAUGCUGUGGGCAAUCAGAGCUCGUUCCUCAACGGCACCGUGGCCAGCAGCCUCCUUAGCCAGCUCUCAGCUGAGCUGGUGGGAUUCUACCUCACCUACCCUCCACUCACCAUCGCUGAACCACUGGAAUAUCCCAACCUCGACACAUCAGAAACAACCAGAGACUACUGGGUCAUCACAGUGCUCCAGGGUGUGGACAACUCGCUGGUGGGCCUGCACAACCAGAGCUUUGCCCGGGUCAUGGAGCAGCGUCUGGCUCAGCUGUUCAUGAUGUCCCAGCAACAGGGCCGGCGUUUUAAACGUGCUACCACCUUGGGGAGCUACACCGUGCAGAUGGUAAAGAUGCAGCGAGUGCCAGGACCAAAGGACCCGGCAGAGCUGACGUACUACACACUGUACAACGGGAAGCCACUGCUGGGGACUGCAGCAGCCAAGAUCCUGAGCACCAUCGACUCCCAGAGGAUGGCCCUGACCCUGCAUCACGUUGUCCUUCUACAAGCUGACCCCGUGGUAAAGAAUCCACCCAACAACCUGUGGAUCAUUGCUGCAGUGCUGGCUCCCAUCGCCGUGGUCACCAUCAUCAUCAUCAUCAUCACUGCUGUGCUCUGUAGGAAGAACAAGAACGACUUCAAGCCGGACACCAUGAUAAACCUCCCUCAGAGAGCAAAGCCCGUGCAAGGCUUUGACUACGCCAAGCAGCAUCUCGGUCAGCAAGGGGCAGAUGAGGAGGUCAUCCCUGUGACUCAGGAAACGGUGGUCCUCCCCAUACCUGUCAGAGAUACACCUCAGGAAAGAGACACGGCUCAGGAUGGCAGCACCAUCAAGACGGCUAAGUCCACUGAAACCAGAAAGAGCAGGUCGCCCAGUGAGAAUGGCUCUGUCAUCAGCAACGAAUCAGGGAAGCCCAGCUCAGGGAGGCGCUCACCCCAGAAUGGAAUGACUCAGCAGAAAGUGACAAAGGAGGAGUCCAGGAAGAGAAAUGUGACAGCAAGUGAUGAAGAGGAGGGAGCAGGUCUCUUUGACAGUGCUGGGAAGGCAGCAGCAGAUCCCUUUGACACAUCUUCUGGAUCCGUGCAGCUCAUUGCUAUCAAACCGUCAGCUCUGCCCGUGGUGCACCCUGCCUCCGAGAGGGGCCAGGAGUCCUCAGCAGCACUCAAUGGCGAGGUGAACAAGGCUCUGAAGCAGAAAUCAGACAUUGAGCACUACCGGAACAAGCUGCGCCUGAAAGCCAAGAGGAAGGGGUAUUAUGACUUCCCCCCAGUGGAAGCAAGCAAAGGCCUGACAGAAAGGAAGAUGUAUGAGAAAGCCCCAAAAGAAAUGGAGCAUGUUUUGGACCCAGACCCAGAACUGUGUGCUCCCUUUGCAGAGUCUAAAAACAGGCAACAGAUGAAGAACUCUGUCUACCGAAGCCGGCAGUCUCUGAAUAGCCCGAGUCCUGGAGAAACCGAGAUGGACCUUCUGGUCACACGCGAGCGACCCCGGCGUGGAAUCCGGAACAGUGGAUACGACACUGAGCCCGAGAUCAUAGAAGAGACCAAUGUGGACAGAGUCCAUGAGCCCCGGGGCUACAGCAGGGCACGGCAGGUGAAGGGCCAUUCAGAGACCUCCACACUGAGCUCGCAGCCUUCCAUCGAUGAAGUCCGGCAACAGAUGCACAUGCUUCUGGAGGAAGCCUUCAGCCUAGCAUCUGCUGGCCAUGCAGGCCAGAGCCGGCACCAGGAGGCCUAUGGCUCCACUCAGCACCUGCCAUACUCAGAGGUAGUGACCAGUGCUCCAGGGACCAUGACAAGACCCAGGGCUGGAGUGCAAUGGGUGCCCACCUACCGACCAGAAAUGUACCAGUACAGUCUGCCCCGGCCGGCUUACAGGUUCUCCCAGCUUCCCGAAAUGGUCAUGGGCUCUCCCCCACCACCUGUUCCUCCCCGAACAGGCCCUGUGGCCGUGGCUUCCCUCAGACGGUCCACCUCAGACAUUGGCAGCAAGACCCGGAUGGCGGAGUCCACGGGACCUGAGCCCACCCAGUUGCAUGACAGUGCCUCAUUUGCCCAGGUGUCCAGAGGUCCCGUGUCCAUGACGCAGUUGGAUCAAUCGGCUUUAAAUUACUCAGGUAACACGGUGCCAGCGGUGUUUGCCAUCCCAGCUGCCAACAGACCUGGCUUCACCGGCUACUUCAUUCCAACACCACCCACCUCCUACAGGAGCCAGGCCUGGAUGUCCUAUGCAGGAGAGAAUGAGCUCUCGAGCCAGUGGGCUGAUUCGGUCCCUCUUCCUGGAUACAUCGAGGCCUACCCCCGGUCACGUUAUCAACAGAGCUCUCCUUCCAGGCUCCCUCGCCAGUAUAGCCAGCCAACCAACCUUCACCCCAGCCUAGAGCAGGCCCCUGUCCCCUCUGCAGCUGCCUCACAGCAAAGCCUGACAGAAAAUGAGCCUCCAGACACUCCGUUGACUAACAUCUCCACUGCAGCCCUUGUGAAGGCUAUCCGAGAGGAAGUAGCCAAGUUGGCCAAGAAGCAGACAGACAUGUUUGAGUUCCAGGUCUAAAGCCUCAACUCUGACGGGAUCUGCACUUGAAGACUGUGAGGCAGCCAACAGGCUUUGAGUUCCUCUCCCCUAGUGUGUGGAGGCUCUGGAUAAGAAAUAACAAUAGACAUGGUCUUUCGCACCCUCGGAUUCUAAAAGAGUCAACAGUGGGGCUGCUGGAAAACAGGAAACCUGUGAACGACUAGAUUCUGACUUCUGCAGCCAAUUGUGGGUCAACAAGUCCCUAAUGGGGACCCUGUGCUUGAUAUUCUGUUGGGCUGAAUGUUUAGACUGUGGGUGGAAUGUCCCGAAGGAGCCCUAGUCGUGAGAGGCACUGGCUAGCCUGCAGGUUCCUGUCCAACGUCCCAUUUUCAUAAAUCACCAGAAGGGAGAGAAUGCCGCUCUGUCUUCAAUGACCUCUGCAUGUUCUCUUUCUGUGUUAAAGGCAACACAGGAGUGUGAUUAACCACCAGAAUGUACUCUCACAUUGAGCCAUGACCGUGAUCACUUUAAAAAAGAAAAAAAAAAUCACCUCUAGUCUGUAAGGGAGGUACUGACUCUCCAGCCAAGACACUUGAUUCUCUUGGCUUUUAAAGGCUCAUGUUCAAAGUCAAAUGAAUUGGAUGGAAAUCCAUUCCAAUGGCUGUGCCUAUAAAUAGUCCUGACUCCUUUUCUCCCCCACCUGUUAAUUAAAGGCCAAGAGAGAGAGACAAUGAGCCAGAAUGGCAGACUUGUGUUGACGGGCUGUUUAAAGGGGGCUGUCAUUUUGGAAAUAAAGUCUCCUGCCAAUCGGUAUCCAAAUGAAAGAGAAUCGGUGCUAAGAGGCUUGGGAGCCUACACAAGAGAAGCAGUUGUUUGUGCAGGUUUCGCUUUGUCCAUACUGAGGAUGGCUUGAGAACCUGGCCAUUGGAGGGAAUAAUAGAUACAUCAACUUUAACACGAUCUGUCUCCUACACAGUGACGUUCAGCAUGCAUUGCUGAGUGAUAUGAAGCCGACCAUGAACAGGAAAGGUGGAUGAUCCACAGUCCUCCAAGCUGCAGCCUCUGUUCCUAGAAACUUCUGAAUGUAGGAAAUCUUAUCUGAAAUUAAGGCAUCUUUUUAAAAGUCUGUGGAGUUCCUCAGUUCCCCAUAGUGGACGGACAGACAGAAGCGGGAGGACAUUUGCUGAGACAGCAGGGAUGCUGCCUUUGGGGAUUGAUGUCCCUGGUCUCUCAGCCUACAGAGUCCUGGGUGGAAGCACUGCCUUGGAGCUCUGGGGUACCAGCCACAGAUGACCCCUCCUGUGCGGAUAAAACUGAUUUGGGGUACCGGAAGGAAAGGAAACCCUAAGUUUCCACCCUAGCUUUGGGAGCCAUAUAUGGUAUCAGUGGGCCAGUUUGGUGUGUAUUGGGGAACACGGUCCUACCCCGCCUUCACCCAUGACCCAUCUCGCUUCCGCUGUACCCAUGACCCUCCUAAUCCAUCUCUGCAUUGUCUUCACGAGUUUCUUUGGUUUUUACUGAAGGAAGAGAGAGAGUAGGAUUGGAACUGAUUAGAACGGAAGAUUAAAACUGUUGAAGCACAGAACUUCCCCAAGAGUUGUUUUUAUUUCCCUAUGGCAAACUGUCCUUUCUGGAAUGUUCAGAGAUGAUAAUGUCGUGGAAUCCCCAGACAAGUCUCUUGUGGGGAUGAUGUUAGGUAGUGCCCUUUUAGUAUGCUGGUUGAUCUUUCAUAGUGUUAGUCUUUUGUUACUUAAUAAGAAAUCAGCUAUAAAUAAAAUGUAUUUUUGUAAUUUCCAUGUGUAUAUAUGGUAUAUUUCUACCAAUGGCCAGUUAUAGUCCAAAUCCGAAAUCAGCUUGCAGAACACUGUGGCCGGUGCAAGAUUUUACUGACAGACUAACAUGAUGCCUAAACCCAGCCACACAGGCAUUUGAUGCACUUGAAUGAACAAAGAGCCAAAGAAACUCAGCCUUUUCAUGCAAAUGGUGUAAGACUGAUAUCGCCAGCUAUAUCGCUCCACUUUAUCAAUAAUACCAGCUUUCCAUCAGUGCGGCGUAUCAACACAGGACUUUGUGGACUUGGCAAAUGCUUGGAAUGUGAGAAAGAAGUUUCUAGACCAUAGAAUACGUAUGCUUGAAAAAGACAGUGUCUAAGCUUUGGGCUCCAAUAACUUCCAGAAAGUUCAUGAGUCUAGAGUUGACAGUGGUGUGGCUCCAGAUUACUAGGAAGUUGAAGCUGCCACUCGCUGGAGUCUUGGCAGAACCCCAUGAAAUGUUUAGUUCAUGGGGUCAAUUAAAAUAGAGCAUGGUAAAUCAGAUGCCCUUUUCAAAUAGACACUAAGGGUUCAAGAAGUCUAUGCAAAGAAAACCUUAAAUUUAUGAAAAAAUGAAUAUGCUCAUGGUUUUCUACCAUGAUUAAAGCCUCCUAGGACUAAGAUGUUGUUCCUUUCUCUAAAGAGUCUCCUAAUCACAUAGAGGUGAUAGGUCCCGGGAUAGGAGACUCUGAGAAGUUCAGGUGGUUAAAAUCACGCGAUAUAAAAAUGAGAUGAGGUUCCACGGGAGACCAGAGGAGGCAGCAGUGAGCUCAGAUCAUCAUGACUUCCAGACAGUCACAGAAGCCAUAGAGCAGCUCAGUAGUUAGCAAAGAGGAAGCCAAAUUCCAGACAAGUGCAGGGUUGAGCCCAAGCCUGCUGACUCAUGCCCCAGCCUGCUCUCCAUUUCACCACACUGCCUGUACACUUGCUGAGGACACAUUUCUUUAACUGUGCCCAGAAAUUAAAAAAAAAA